CACGCCCGGACUUGCUUUGCCCCACCACCUGCACGCGCCAGCAUGUCCGCGAACAAAAGGAAACUACCAUCCGGUCUCGCGGAAACCUUCGAGACGAUCAAAGGGCUGCUCAUCACCAUCAAACCCAAGCUGAUCGAUCCCUCCGAGAAACAACACGGGUGGUCGACUAUACACUCCGAGCUCCUUCACUUGUCUUCGCUUGCGGAAUCAUUUACAAAGCGACGCCCGCGCUCGAACAAGGAAUGGAUCUCAAUCGCUGAUACCUUGGAUCGCGAAGGAGUAUGGCUCUGGAAUGUAGCUACCUCGAUACCACCGACACGGGAUGACCAUGCCGGACAGAUCACCGCCGCCGCAAGAUUGGCCGGUUUUCGCCUCGUGGAAGCAGGACUGGAGCAGAAUCCGACUGCUGAAACCCUGAUCCACGUUCUGCAUCUUGCCAGUAAAGCUGGUGCAAGCCUCUCAGCGUCUGGGAAUCAUGAUCAUGCCGGUAGCGUACUGGGAAGCGCGGCCAAGUACGAGGAGGCCCUCAAGAAGGCCGAGGAUCUCGAGCACUCCCAAGGACAAGCUCGAGCGCGUGUGGUUCUGUUGUAUUAUGCCAGUCGGAUGGAAGCUGCGUGGAGGGAAGGUAAUGACGGCAUCGCAGAUUUUAUGCUGUCGAGGAUCUCCGAUAGCGACCAGCUGAAUUCUCUGCUGCCACGCGACAGGGAACUGCUUGUUGCCAAGGUACUAGAGAUAGGGAAAACGGUUCUGAAAGCAGGAUCACAAGAGAGCAAUCCUGCCGUUCGCGGGGCGCGCGGGCAUGAUGCUGUGAAAUGGCUACAGAAGGCCUUCGCCCUCUCGGAGCCACUGGAAGGCGGAGACAACGUCUCAACGCGGCAUUUGAAGAGGGCCAUCCUCCGAAGUCUGGCGCGAGCGUAUUUUCUGUCUUCGUCCGAGGAGCCGGAGAAUCUGGUCCGCGCCGAAGCUUCCUUGAACGAAUUGAUCUCUUCAAUCGACUCUUCUGAGCAUACGUCUACAGAAUAUCAACAGCUUCGAUGGAUGAGGAUAGCCGUGCUCAAGAAACGAAAGGCCGGCCAUGUCCUGCUGCUUGAGGCAUUUCAGUCCAUAAUUGAUCACAUGUCCCUCUCCGAUAACACCAUCACGGAUAUUCUGCAGGAGCUGCGAGGUCUAGGCGAGGAACGGGCCCUCAUUGUGGCAACGCAUCAACGUUGUCUCCAACGUGUACUGGACACCGAAGGCAGUCCUCGUGAAGGUCUAUUGGAUCGUAUACUGUUAUCCUUGCUGUUUCACUGCUCCAAGGAUACGGACCACGCCCAAUCCAUGCAAGCCAUCUCCGCUGCUUUCAAAUCACUGACAGAUGCCCGGUUUGAGUUGUCGAAGAUUUCAGCGACCGCUUGUCUGACCCUGCUCUGGCAAUUUGGCGAUCGAUUAUACCAAAACAAACGUUGGGCAGAGGCUGCCGACUGGUAUCUAGCCGGCACACACAAGGCCCUAACUUCAGUUGCCAGACUCAGUGACGGCAAAUGCCUUCGCAAGGCAGCGCUUUGUUACAUACAACAAGGCGAUCUUGCCCAAGCAGCUGCGACUAUCCGCCGUUGCUCCGCCCAGGAGGCUGCGACAUAUUACGUGAAACUAUUGAUAGCUGUACGCCAAGGCUUUGAAGACGAAGCGAUCGGGCUUGUCCGAGCAAUGGUCACCGCAAGUGGGUUCGACCGCAAGACCUUGAUGCUGGCCACACAGCUUGCCAACGAAUCGGACAUGAAGAAUCUGUUACUCUCCGUGCUGGAAGCUCUAUUAGAAACUAUGGGAACAAGUGGCAACCCGAGCAGUGACACUGAGGCUCUCACGUUGGCGCGGUGCAUAAUUAGGCUUAUCUUGAAGCUCAUGGGAGAGCCCGGCGCGAAUCGAGAAUCCUUAGUACAGGUACUUAUUGGGCAUUUCCGAACAGCCAUACUACUUAUCAAGAAGCUGGAAGAAUCUGCCAACCUCGCACUGGUUGCGCGAGAUAUCUCGUGGCUUUGGCGCGCCGCUUAUAAUUGCGCGAUCCAAGGAUGUUCCGAGUGGGAGCAUUCCGAGUCCAGUGUGUCCGACAUAUUUGACAUUGCGAGACAGCUGCUAGAAGCCUAUCGGGACGCCUCGCUCACUGAAACCGAUGUGGAGAUCUACCUUCAUAUCAUUGACGCCUCUUUUGCCACGGUGGCGGGGAGAGUUUUCGCCCUUCGGAAACAGCUAUCCGGUGGGCAUGAUAUCGAGAGCCGCGAGGGGUGUCUACGAUCUGUUCUCCAAGACAUCGCCUCUUGCCGGAAGCGGAUAUGCGCCGUGACAGACUCCGCGAAAUUAGAAGACGCCGAAGACAUAUCUCGCUCGCAAUCUUACGUGCAUGUCCUCCUCGUCUUCGAGGUGGAGAUACUUUGUCAUAUGAGAGAUUGGGAAAAACUUCUACAGGUCAUUAAUGAAACUCUCCAACUCGACCAAGGUGCAAUUAACACGUUCGAAGCUAUGACGGACAUCCUCUGGGUAGAGAAGGGUUGUCCGGUGAAUGUACUCUUCACUGCAUUGGAGGCUAUCCUUCACGCAAGCCUCGAUCGCGGCUCCCUAUCGAUCAAUAAGUUUUCGCGGUGGCUACGCGCUAUAUGUACGAUGCUUCUCUCCCGCAAUACUUCCGAGGACAGGACCAAAGCCAUUGGAUAUGUCGAACAAGCUGUCCACGUUCUUGAAGACCACACGGACCGCGACACACAGGCAUAUCCGAUUGACGAGCGGCAGUGGUUGCUUGGAACCACAUACAAUACAGGAAUUGAGUGCCUACAUGCGUCAUUGCUAGACGAAGCCAAGAGAUGGUUCGAGGCCUCCACCACCAUCUGUCGCUUCGUGCCUGACGGGGGUACUCGAGCAGGCAAGAUUUCGGAGACGUACACGCGUCUGUUAGAACGUUAUGCGUCCUAUUCUUCCUCGGCUUGACUUACGAAUUAGUAACGUUAACAUUUGUCAACUGGCGCUCCAUGGUCCGCCGUCAUGUUGUCUGCCUGCUGAUGCUCACGGUUGUGGACCUAGCCUUAAAUUACUAUUCCUUGUUCCAUGGCUGCCUUUGUUGCAUUGCGCGUAAUUGACACGUAUUGCUGCGCA